AUGAAGCAGGCAGCCAUUCACGCCAAGGCCGAACACUUCAACUCUAAAGGAAUGCCUUCGGCAUCUCCUGGCUCGACGACAAGCACAGGUCAGCCUUCGACAUCCACCUAUGACCGUUUCCCUCCACACCAGACCACUAGUCAGGCUCCCUACCGAACGACACCCACUGUGCCCGGACAAGCGAAGGGACUUGUUCUAGGGUCAGCAGGACGGAGGCAAACGCAUUAA